AUGGACACGAGAAACAGCGCUGCGCAUCCUAUACCGGCGCUCGUCGCCAACCUUCACGACGACUGUCGAGAUCAUCAUAUUUCGGCACAGCCGAUUGUGAAUAAUCGACUGAGUCCGUUGCACGCACAGAAACCACCAAUCUACAUUCAGCAAGCGUCUGCGAUUGUGCAAGAUAUUUUUAAUCAAAUGGCCUUGAAGGAUUCACCCCCGGUAAACGAUCGUGCUCCCGUUUCCGACUCCAUAUUUUCAGCCCCUGAAGUGAUCAAUAUACAGUGCCACGCUGGAUUGAUGUUACCGCCUUCUGCCCGAGCUCCUAAUUUGGGAGCCUUUUCUGUAGCUUGUGGUGGUGAUGAUGGUAGUUCACGGACCGAGAUUGCCGGUGCAUCAUCUUUUGGUAGCGCUACGACGGCAGGAGCAGGAAGCAGCAGCCUCCCUCCUUCUGGGAGGGUCCCAUCCGUCCACCACCAAAACUCAAUGGCGGGCCUUGGCCCGGCUCCUUCUGAUCCUACCAUAAUUCCGGCAAUGAAAAUGGGACACGUCCAUUGGCAGGCGCUCGCAUCUUGGACAUUCGAACAUUUGGGGAUCACGAUAGUUCCCUUCGAAAUUGAAGCCAAUUGCUUACUCGCCCAGCUGGUCUCUCCCUCCGCUUCACUCGUUCCAAGCCCCUGUAAGCAUGGAAAGUCGCAAAAUUUGUAUUCAAGAAAAAAAAUUCUCUCCUUCUUAAAGCCAAAAGGGAAUGCACAAGCGAAAAGGGAACCGACUAUUCGACUCCAAAUGUUUGGCUCAGAGUACGCGCGUCAUCUAUCCACCUCGGUAUUGGCACCGGAAAAACUGACCAAGCCACCGAUUCAGCGCAACAAGCGUAAAAUGUCAACGAGAAAUAUCCUUCCUAUCAAUCUGGAAGAUGCGGACGCGGCUACCUUAGCCGGAGCAAUAUUAGACCUUGCCGUGACAGUUGACAAUAAAUCGCCUCCAGAUGGAUACUACCGCAUUUCCCAAACCGCCACAAGGAAAGAGUUUAUGUUAGGCUACGACGGAGGCUCCAGCAAAGCGAAAAAAAGUCCGAUGUAUCUGCACGUAAAGAAAGAACCGGACUGGGACAAGGCUGCCCAGCGGCCUUGCGUGACCGCACUCGCGCUCAUUUUUCCCGAUCGAUCCGAAUUUGUACCGCCCGGGUUUUCCGUGGUAAAAAUCGACAACAAACCGGCCAAUCUUGGUGGUGGAACAUUAGCAAAUGAGCGUGUACAUCUUUGCUUUCGAAGGUCUCGUGAAGGCAACCCGCUGACGGGGCUUGUACCCCUUUCCACAAUUCACCAAGAAACAGUUCCAGAAGGGUACACUGUUAUUGAGCGUACCCCUCGGAACCACACCGCCGUCCUCUAUACGUCAGGAUGCUUUUUGGCGUAUCGUCAAAGACUCGCCAAUCUAGAAACUCUGCGUCCUUUUCCGCUUGUUGAGUCAUUAAUGAAUGGACGGAAUGUCAGCGCACACACUACUCGAUUAAAAUGUUCUCGGAGUGACACGGCAGAAGACACAAAACCGCUUCUACUAGCGUAUUAUUGUACAGGUGCCACCGUUGUUGCCGCCGAUGUGGGCCGCUUUCACAUCAUGGAUCGAUCGACCCAUUCACUCCUGUCGCCUAGCUCCGUGACCAACCGCUUGGCCCUCAUAGAGUCGUCCCGUCUAAAUGACAAAGUCAAGCGGGAAGACACAACUGAAACAACGUUCAAAGGAGAUUGGGAUGAAUCAACUCGAGGUAAUGGGGACGAAAGCGCAGCACAAUCCUGCUUCCGUAUGAACCACUCGGCUAUUUCGUUCGGAAGCGCAGUUCUUACUUUUGCUACGAGCCAUCGGCUGUCACCGUGUGCUUUUCGUCAGGAAAUAGACCCCACUUUACCAGAAUUGGACUUCAUUCCCAGUAUCGAAACGCCUGGUUGUAGGACGGAAAGCGACAUAAAUCCCACUCGCUUGGCGGCUCGAACUGCAGUAUUGACACCAAUUCUGACAGCUUGUUACACUCGUCACGGAGGUACAGCGCUCGUUGCUGUUGAAGGUCUUUUAAAGCUAGUGAAGGGUAAGCAAUUUUUCCGUGACGACGUAAAAUUAUCGGAGACGAGCGACAGCAAUUCAAGUAAGCGGUUGACCUUGUUGGACAUGGCCAUUCAAGUUGUGUGUGAUUUGACCAUGACGGGAGCGUCCGAAAUACUUUUCAGCGUGUGCGUCGAGUUUGUGGAGGAGGCUGUGCGAUUUGCUAAAGGUCAGCUUCAGACGCGCACUAUCGGUCACGUGUUAAGAUUCUAUCUUUUUGUCUUCUUAUUUGAGGCAAGCGUUCGAUCAGGAACCUUUGAAUUGUCAUAUCCAUCUUGGCAAACAGCUGGAGAAAAAGAAAGCGGAAAUGUCGUGGCUGAGGUGUCCAUCUUGGACGAUCCACGAGAAGAUGGACGAAACUUUCUGCCCGGCGGGGCGCCUCAACGUGCGGUACUGGGAAUCAAAGAAUUGAUUUCGCUUUCCAUUGUCCACCUUGGUAAGGUAGACGUCACCGAUAUCCUACGGAGUGCUCGGUGUACGUCUGAAGGAGAUGCUGCUGUGGAAGAAGAACAAGAGCCAAUGUCCUUUUUGGACAAUUUACUGUCCUCGGUGGUAGACGAUGCAGUAGAUCAAGUGGAACGCGCCAAUUUCAUCCAGCUUGCUGUUUGUCAGCUUUAUCGUUCUGGCGGUAGCGAGCUCUUUUGGCAUGAAAUGGUGAAUAUAUGUGGUCGCGGGCUUUUCGCGAAGGACGACAGACUCUGUGAAUCAGGGAGAAGUACAUAUAUUCUGCUUUUUGCAGUCCUAUCAUGUCUUGUUAAGCUGUCUUCGGGGCAGCUCCGGAUCAACCGUAUGAGGGCGAGCAUGUUGCCUCGAGAUAGAGCCAGCAAGCUACUAGGCCUGGAGCUGAUACUUCACUUCUUGGAGUGCUGGAGUGAUGAGCAGGAGGCGGUCGGUGUGCUGAAUGCCACAAACAAUGUCAGUACAAUCAAGUCAGUGCGCACAUUCGUAUUUUGCAUUCGCCGAAUGGUAGUGCCUUGCCUGCUAGAAAAUACAAGGCACGCAUUAGAAGAUCCACAAAUCUUUCAAAGAGUAGUUCGUAUCGUGUCGGAGUUGUGGUCCUCUCCUAUCUAUAGAAGCCAUUGCAAAGUGGAACUAGGGGUUCUGAUGGAGCACUAUGGGGUGCGCAUCUUGAAUCUGGGACCUCAAUUUCUUUUUUCGACCAAGCUGGAUUUGUCGCCCGAUUGUGUGUGUGUCUCACUUUUGUCCCAGCAAGUCGACCUACUGAAAGAGAUAACCAACUGGUUUUCAAAUGAUCCAAAAGACGUGAUCGAAAUCUAUCUGAACUUUGAAGCCGACACAUUCGAGGAAGUUUCGGGGCCGAUCCAACUUUUGCAGGGGAAAGAGCUCAAAAUCAUUCAGAAACUAUGUGUCGGCCUAAGCAAUAUCGCAGAGCAGGCCAGUGAGCUCAUUGGAGACCAAAUCCGCGAGAACCAGUCCGAGAUUCUUUCAGCUGCGAAGAGAAAGACAAGUGAGCUGUCGACCGUGAUUUCUUUGCACCGAAGACUCGUACACAGCGACAAAAACUUGGUCACAGGAGCCACCCAUGCACUGCGAACCGCUUCCCUUGAAGCUAUGGAGAUGAUUGUCAAGUCACUUGCAAUCAAUGCUGCUAUGGCGAUGGGGAAUGAAUUCUCCAGUUUGCUGCUUUCCUGGACGUUUUUAGAUUCUCCGCUAUUGGAUGAUAGCUCGCGGUCCCCCUCGGUUGGUAGUGGAAGCGGCUAUGGAGAAUUGUCUCACGCGACUAAAAAUAUUCCUGACAUAACUUUGAAAUACUAUCCCGAUGAAGCCGCGAUUGAACGCCGCUCCCAAACACUCGAUCGUAGACCUUCUAGCAAAGAAGUUCUGGAGACAGCAGCUGAAAUUGCCGACAAGAAGACAUUGAAAAAAGCAGUGGAAUACCUCAUUGCAUGCAAUGUUUUGACUCCGUCUCCGAGGGAAAUUGCCACUUACCUUCGAGUAAACCAAGAAAAGUGGGAUCCUGUGGAAUUGGGGAUUUAUUUGGGUGAAGGUGGCACGAGCUCGAUUGACGCCGAGUUUUUCAACUCUAUCCGGAGCCUCUAUGUUCGAGCAGUCUCAUUCGUAGGGAUGAACGUUGAGCAGGGGUAAGGGCGUGUGUCGUUUACUUUAUUUUACAAGUGUCAUCUUACCAUUUGUUCUCAUUCUAUAAAUUCCAUAAGGUUGAGGCACGUGUUAACUAACUGCGGCUUCCGUCUUCCGGGAGAGGCACAAAAAAUUGAUCGGAUUAUUAAUACCUUUUCAAAGUGCUUUUUCGAGGACAAUGCCGGUGAUUACCAACUCUGCCCAUUCAAAAAUGAAGAUUCUGUGUAUCUUCUGUGUUUCGCUAUCAUCAUGCUGAACACGGAUCUCCAUAAGUCGUGCUCGGGGCCGCGAACUAAGAGCAGAACCAUGUCAAAAGAUGAAUUUAUUAAAAAUUUACGUGGAGUUGAGGAAGGCUCGGACAUUUCACGAGAGUACUUGUCAGCAGUGUAUGAUUCAAUCCAGGAAAGGCCCUUUUCGAUGGAUACCAGUCGUGUCGGUAAAAACAAAGCCAAAUGUGAACGUCACUCGCUCCAUGAUAUACUGCACAGUGCGAAAGGAAGUGAUUCGCUACUCAGAGGAUUGGCAAUUUAUGAUUUCCGUCUCGCAAGCCUCGAUGAUGCCGCUUCAAGGUUGAGUUGUUCCUGUCAAGACGCUCUAUGCGAUUUGACAAUAAGUUGCGUCUCCAAAACAUGGCAUCAGUGGCACGGUGUAAUCAACACGGCUCUGGAUAUGGCACAUCUUGAUCCAGAGGGUAUGAGACCAUCUUUGGGGAUACUUUUAUAUGCGAUUUCAAUAUUUGUCUGUUUGGGAUUGGAUACUGAGCUCUCUGCUUUCUUGGAUCAGCUGGCUAGAUUUAAGGCGUUUGAGGACAGUCGUCAGGGUAGACGGAUGAGUAAAGACACGGUCCGUGGUGAAUGGCUUUUGGAAUUAAAAGUGGCUUGCUCCGCUUGCAAGGACAGGAAGCUUUGGGCAUUACGGCGCUUGCGUCAAUGGAUUGACUCAAUGCGAUCUUCUCUAAUUGCGGACGUCCAAAACAAGGCUCAAAUGACAGCAGCUACUACUCUCUUGCUAGACGGUGAACAUCUUAACCUAGAUCCAGCACGUUCCUUUGUAUGGAAAGGUAUUCUGUUAAAAAAAUCGAAUAGCACGGGACGAUCCGGAUAUUACAUGUUUUUCCUCUUUUCAGAUGUCCUAAUAUACGCGAAAGAGAUCGCCGACAAGAGCUACAAAAUUCACGGAGAAUUGCCCCUGACCCUAAUCAAAAUCGUUGACUGGUUUCCUCCCUCGCAGAAGAGCCGAGAUAGAAUCUUUGAAGUGCGCCAUCCUCGCAAGUCAUUUCAACUGUUUUGUUCUUGUGUGAGCGAGAAAAAGGAGUGGGUAAAAAAACUCCGGGAAGCAGCCUCGCUCGAGAUGGAGCGGAAGAUGAAAGCAGAGGAAGCCAGGAUGGCCGCUCGUCGGCAAGCAUAGCUAUUCGGUUCAAUUUCCUUUCAAGUUGGGAUGCAAACAUUUCGUAUUGCAGGAUAAUUGGUAGAUUUUUUCGAGCUGCUCCAGGAGAUCAGAGUCUGACAUUUCUGGGCUCCUUUCCGGAUGGUCUGGUGCUGCAGUAGCAAGAGCAAGUAUGUGAGUACAUCGGUACUCACAGUAAUUGUCAGCAAUCCACCGAAUGACGUCUUCUUUCGGAAAAUAGAAAAGUUUUAUGUACGCCUCCACGUAUCGCAAUCCUCGCUCUACUGUAGCUAGAGGCGGCGUCAGUGGAAGGGAUAUCUCUUUGAGUCUGUCGGAGACCACGUCGGGCAUUAACCCAUCAGAUAAUGAGGCUAAAUCCAAAGUCAUAAGAGCCCUCCCUUCAGUAGAACAGCGCGGUACCCGCGCAAAUCCUUCUAGCAAGGCCUGGUAUGCCAUAGCAUUGAUUCGGUUCCAGGUAUCGUUUUGAAUUAUCUCAGAGAGUUUACCCGAUGUGCAAAGAAAGCCCCAGAUUAAGGAGCACUUUUCACAAAUAUCUUCAACAUAGUUGUUUGGAUGUUCGUUAAGCUUACAAACUUCCCACGCGUCCCCAACUGCAAGAAUAUUUGUUACGAUUUCAGCAGCGUUGAUAGACCGAGAGCACGAAAUAUCGCCUGAUCUGCUUACAAGGGUAGGAACAACUUUUAGCAGGCUGUCUGUAUAUCCAGAGAAAGCAGAGAAAGGAGUCUCUCCAGCAACUGAAAAUUCUUCAUCCGUAUACUUUGCUUGUAUGGCAGCAUGCGUUAGAUCAACCAAAGCUGCGACAGAGAAUGAGCUCCAUGCCGCAGCUAGUCGCUUCUCUAAGACCUGUACCACUUUGCAUGCACUCUCUUCGGAACUUUCACCAGAGCUACUAUGUAUGUCGACGAUACAUGCGUCAACCCGGUCGAGGUUUAUUAUAUCUCGAAGACCGUCAUGGGCCCGUGUUACAAACGAGCGAAGCGAGUCAAUCUCGUCUCUGUCUUUAAGAAUGGGAGAGCAAAUGUCGCCUUCAAUUGUUGUAGGCAGAGUUGCGCUUAUUCUAGCUUUGCUUCCACGGAUUGAUUUCUCUUGUUUGUGAAAUUGUUCGAAGAGUGUAGAACCUGUCUGUGAUCUACAUUUCGUGCGGUUUAAGUCCUCAAUUUGCGGGAAGGUGAAGUGUUCAGGAGGCUCCAUUCCCAAUAUUCGCCUUUCGUGUUUUCCCGUACCACAGCAAAAUCGUAGAACAG